AUGUCUAAUGGUGCUUGCUGCAAGGAGCAGCAGGACGCCCCCCCCAAAAAAAACAGCACGUUACCACCAAAGUGCUGUCACUGCCGACCCGUACGAUUUACUUGUCCGAAAAAUGGGUGUCCACCGUUUGAGCCGUGUAUUCCGGUUCCCCGUUGUCGAUCUCCUUGUACACCGUUGGUAAGAAUUUUUGUCUGUGGACAGAAAAACCGAAAAAACAUUAGACACAAAAAUUUUUAUGGCCCAAGACAAUUAAUUUCAUGGAAAUCUCAUUAUGCUGCAGCACUUUCCCAUAUUUCAGAACGAUUUCACGACAGUAUAUGGAGAACGCCACCACCGAAGGACGAGAAAAAGGUGAAAAAGCCGAGAGCUACGCUCUGUAUCGCGAGACCGUGUCCGCAGAGGCCUGGCCCGAUUCCAUAUUCGUGCAGUGCAACACCGAAGCUAGAAGUGCCACCAUCAACGGUCACUUUUGCUAUACGUUACACCUGCGAAGGACCCACUUACUGUCCCUGCUACUCUCCUGGAAUUCCGUCUUGCCCAUCCAAACAAUGUUGUCUAUGAGCCAUAACAAAUUACAGGCACAAAUGUGCCAAUAAAUUAUUGAUUUUCUGGUAUUUUCAAAAUUCUUUAUCGUUCCAAUGAAUCCGCACGAGUUCGAGAUUAAUCACAUUUUAAUGUGAGUUUAUACGUGCGUGCGUGCGGUUGUAAAAUUGAGAAACGUAACCGCUGUCACUGUCACAGUUUCC